AUGACUAAUGUUGGUUGUAUGUGGUUGAUGCCUGAAUUUAUAUCUGGUGUCGACGGUUUUGUGGACUAUGCAAUGACACUGGAACCUUUUCAACUUAAUGGCUUGGUUAAAUGUCCUUUUAGUAAAUGUAAAUGUUGGAAUUAUGAAAAACCUGAUAUUGUUAAGCUUCAUCUCUAUCGAAAUAGGUUUAAAAAAGAUUAUACACUAUGGGCUAGUCAUGGAGAAGUUGAUAAUAGUUUUUUCAUAUCUCAAUACUAUGUUGCUGGUGGAAAUUGUGGGGUGGUGGAACUUGAUUUGGAAGCUUCUAGUCGGCCUCUAUAUAAGGGGAGUCCACACUCUCAAUUGUCUAUUACUGUUAGAUUAUUAAGUAUCAAGUUAGAUUUGAAUAUUCCUCAAGGGGCAAUGGAUGCUGUGAUUGACCUUAUGCAUGAAUUAGUUGACCUGAAUCUAGAGAUACCUUGUAAUUUCUACAAGGCAAAGAUGUUGGUGUCAAAGUUAGGAUUGCUGUCGAUAAGAAUCGAUUGUUGUAAAAACGGCUGCAUGUUAUACUACAUGGAUGACAUUGAACUAGAAUCUUGUAAGUAUUGUCAAAGAGCUCAUUUUAAAAAAGCUCCUAGUGGGAAGAAAGUUGUUGUGAAGGUGAUGCAUUACUUACCUCUUAUACUAAGGCUAAAGAGGUUAUAUGUAUCAAAUAGGUUAGCUCCUCACAUGAGACGGCAUCAUAAAAAUAGAAGACCACCUAGAGUUAUGUGUUAUCUAUCUGAUAGAGAGGCCUGGAAGCAUUUUGAUAGAAAAUAUCCAGAGUUUAUAGCCGAACCAAGGAACAUUAGGUUGGGUUUAUGUUCAGAUGGAUUCACUCCAUACUCUGUUUCUGUUGCACCAUAUUCUUGUUGGCCUGUAUAUUUGACACCAUAUAAUCUUCCACCUGAGAUGUGCAUGACCAGUCGUUAUAUAUUUCUUAAUUAUAUUAUUCCUGGCCUGCGUAACCUAAAAAUCUUAAUUGAUGUAUACUUGCGACCUUUGAUUGAAGAGUUGAAUCAAUUGUGGAUUGAGGGGGUUGAAAUAUUUGAUGUGUCGCUUAAGAAAAAUUUUAAUUUACAGGCUGUCUUAAUGUGGACUAUUAGUGAUUUUCCUACUUACGAAAUGUUGUCUGGGUGGAUGACAGCUGGCAAGUUAGAAUGUCCUUACUGUAUGGAAAAUACUAAAUCAUUCACUUUGAAACAUGGCCAAAAAACUUGUUGGUUUGAUUGUCACUGUCAGUUUUUGCCCAUGGACCAUGAGUUUAGGAAUAUGAAAAAUGCAUUUAGAAAGAAUAAAAUUGAUCGAGACUAUCCACCUCCAAUCUAUAUGGGGGAACAUGUUUGGGAGAGGGUUCGACACUAUCCAAAGGUUACAGAAGAACAACCGUACAAAUUUGAUGGGACUAUUGGAAAUAAUAAAUGGAGUAUCAAGCAACAACAUAGAAUUGAAGGCUCAAUGUACGAAGCCUAUAUUGCUAGGGAAAUGGCCAAUUUUUGUUCGUAUUACUUUGCAAGUGAUGUUCAAUGUUCAAGAAGUAGGCCCAAUCAUCAUGACGAUGGUGGUGUGGUUGCUAGAGAGCCGUUAUCAAUCUUUAAUCAACCUGGCGAAGGUUCAAAAAAUCGUACACGGAGGCAUCUUAGUUCAAUGGAGUUUAAGUCUGCAUCAAUACAUGUCUUGUUGAAUUGCCCUCAAGUUAAACCAUUUCUUGAGUAA